AUGUCCAAACUAUAUCCACGUCGGACGCUCAAGGCAAUUCUCAAAGCGCAUACUCCACGCCGGCGACUUGCAAAGAAUAUUGAUGUUUUGGUUUAUCUCGACUAUCUUUUAUUUCUCAGUGCACUUGUCCGUGCUGCUACAAUGCAUGCACGACAAGCUGGCGAAAAGACUUUACGUGCACCAUAUAUACAGAAAACUGCUCAGGUAUGA